AUGGCACUGUCAGAUUUUGAGAAACAAAGAUUGGAAAAUAUCGAACGUAAUAAGAAAUUAUUAAAUUCUUUAAACUUGAACUCAAUAUCUGGUGAAAUUUAUCAAAAUAUUAAAAAAGAAGAAGAAAAUGAAUUGAAUAAUAAAAGAAAGAGAACUUCAAGUCCCAGACCUAAAAAACCUAAAAUUGAAGCAACUCCAGCUGUAGCUACAAGAAGAUCAAGAAGAAUUGCAGGUGUUGCUCUAGAUGAUACUGAAAAGACUAAAAAAUUUGAACUUGAAGAAGAUAAAAGACGUAGAGAACGUGAAGAGUUGGAAAAAUUGAAAACAAUUAGAGUUAAUGGUGAUUUAAGUCUUUUAGACUUAAUUAAAUCAGAUGAUGUUAAAGAAGAAGAGGAUGAUAAUAAAAUAUUAUCCAAAUUUCAAUCUUUUCUAAAUAUUAAUGGAAAUUUCAGUAUUGGUGAUUAUUAUGAAACUAUAAUGCAAAAGGAUAAUUCUUCAAAAGAUGUUAAAAAUUUACGUGAAGAAUUCUCAUCAAAGGAAAUAUAUCCACACUUUAAACCAAAUGAUAUUAAAUUAACAAAAGAAAGAAUGACUUAUAUUACAUUUCAUCCUUCAAUUGAUAAAAAAAUCGUUAUUGGUGGUGAUACUGCAGGUAAUUGUGGUAUAUGGGAUUCAGAAAAUACUGAAAAUGUUGAUAUUACAUCUUUUAAAUUACAUGGUAAAUCAAUUUGUAAAUAUGAAUUUAAUAUUAAUGAACCAAAUAAAGUUUAUUCAGCAAGUUAUGAUGGAUCAAUUAGAACCAUGGAUUUAUCCACAAUGAAAUCUUCACAAUUUUUCAUUAAUGAUGGUGAUAUUGGUAUAUCAGAUAUAAAUUUUAAUAAUCAUAAUGAAAUUUAUUAUACCACUUUAGAAGGUGAAUUUGGUCGUUUAGAUUUAAGAAGUGGUGAUCAUAGUCAAAAAACUGUAUUAAGAUUAUCUGAUAAAAAAAUUGGUGGUUUUACAAUAAGUCCAAAUAAUCCAAAUCAUAUAGCUACAGCAUCAUUAGAUAGAACAUUAAAAAUUUGGGAUUUAAGAAAUGUUGUCCAUGCUGAUUGGAGUGAAUAUGAUGAUUUCGAAAGUGCACAUAAUAUUGGAACAUAUGAUUCAAGAUUAUCAGUCUCCACAGUGGAUUGGAAUCAUUCAAAUGAUUUAGUUUGUAAUGGAUAUGAUGAUACUGUUAAUAUUUUCAAUUUAGGUGAAGAUGCACAUAAAUGGGAAUCAAAACAUAUCAUAGGUGAAUUGAAUCAAGAUCAUAGAAUUAAACAUAAUUGUCAAACAGGUAGAUGGGUUUCUAUAUUAAAGGCAAAAUGGCAUAAAUUACCAAAAGAUAAGACUGAAAAAGUUGUUAUUGCAAAUAUGAAUAAAUAUUUUGAUGUUUAUGAUAGAAAUGGUAUUCAAUUAGCUCAUUUAUCAGAUCCUUUAUUAACAGUUGUACCAGCUGUGGCAAAUUUCCAUCAAACUGAAAAUUGGAUUGUUGGUGGUGGUGCUUCUGGUAAAGUAUACAUGUUUUCAUAG